AUGUCCUCGAAGUCGUGCCGAUCUAGGGAGGCGGCCCGGUCAUGUAUAGAUCGUCGACCGUCGGGUGUUAGCACGCAGUCUACUCAAUCUUCCUCUUCUGGAGACGACUACAAAGUCAUUAGCGUCCGCAAGGUUAUGAGGUCAGUGUACCAGACUCACAUCUACAGCCUCAGAUCCAACUCGUGGAAGAGGAUCGAGGACUGCCCUUCCUUCCUAUUGGUGUCGAGUGAAGCCACAUUGGUAAACGGGGCCCUGUACUGGUUUGCACAGGACUCAGUAGUUGCGCUGGAUCUUGCCACCGAGAGGUUCCGCAAGCUGCCCUUGCCAUAUCCUGGUAUGUCGUAUAUCUUGGGUUUCGCGGUGUUGGGAGGGUGUUUGGUUGUGGUUAGUGAUAAAGAUAUGCAGGGAGCCUGGGUUUUGAAGGAUUAUGAAUGGGUGGGCCUGUCCACACCCAUGGGACUGAGCCUCAUCAAGGACGAAAAGCGGCUUGUGCUUCCUUGUGGCCGCUUGAUUAUACACUGGGAUAUACAGACUCAUUCUCAGAAGCUGAUGAGAAUCGAGAAGCUGGUGAAAAUAGGUGACCCUUUGUAUACUCACAUUGUUGAGGAAAGCAUUUUCCGAUUUGGCCGUCCGAGUAUGGCGGCGGCAGGGGUGAAGAGGAAGAGGAGCGAGGCUGAUGAGAGGAGUGCUGCAUGUGUUGAAAAGAUUCAAGUCCUCUUCUGUGAAAGAGAGAGCUGUGCUUGGUGA